UCAGCAAGGUCAUUUACCACACGCCCAGCCUCCCUUACAUAGCCGCCCUCUCCUGGCCACCCGCGGAAACCCUAGCCGCCGCCGGACCACUCGUCGCCCUCCUCUCCUCCGCGAGCGCUCGCUUCGGAAGCAAGGGAUUCCAGAUGGCCAAGUCGAAGAACCACACGGCGCACAACCAGUCGUACAAGGCGCACAAGAACGGCAUCAAGAAGCCCAAGCGCCACCGCCAGACCUCCACCAAGGGGAUGGACCCCAAGUUCCUGAGGAACCUGAGGUACUCAAGGAAGAACAACAAGAAGAGCGGUGAGGCUGAAGCUGAGGAGUAAGAUGGAAGUUUAUGCUCUUACAAAAGCAGAGAUGUGUUUACCCUUCCUAGCUCAGUUUUACCUUUAGGAUGUGGAUUUUCUCUAAAGAUGGAAUUUAAAUGGUGUUAUGUAUGACGGGACGGACCCUCAUUUGCUGCUGCAGUGUUACUAUGAUAUUAUGUGUUAAGUUCAUGCUACCGUUUGAAAUUAUGUGUUAAAAGUUCAUGCUACCCUUUGAAUA